AUGGCAAAGCUUAUUCUCCUUACAGGCUUGGCUGUUCUGCUGCAGGUGCAACUAGGUUCAGCCUAUAAGCUAGUGUGCUACUUUACCAACUGGUCUCAGUAUCGACCAGAACCAGCCAACUUCUUCCCCAAAGAUGUGGACCCAUGUCUGUGCACACAUCUGAUAUAUGCUUUUGCCACCAUGAAUGACAACAAGAUUGCUCCCUAUGAAUGGAAUGAUAUUGAUGUCCUGUAUCCUGAGUUCCAAGCCCUGAAAGAACACAACAAAGAUCUGGUCACUUUGCUGGCUGUUGGUGGCUGGAACUUUGGCACUCAGAAAUUCACCGCCAUGGUCUCCUCAGCUGCCAACCGAAAAAUCUUCAUCUGUUCUGUCAUUGACUUCCUUCGUCAACAUGAAUUUGAUGGCAUUGACUUGGAUAUCGAAUAUCCAGGGUCCCGGGGAAGCCCACCUGAGGACAAACAGCGAUUCACCAUCCUGAUUAAGGAAAUGCUACAGGCUUUUGAAGAAGAGGCUGAAGAAACAGGAAAACCCAGACUGCUGAUCACAGCAGCUGUGUCUGCUGGCAAAGAGACCAUUGAUGCAGGAUAUGAAAUUGCAGAGAUUGGAAAGCUUCUUGAUUUCAUAAGCGUGAUGACCUAUGACUUCCAUGGUGGCUGGGACUCAUGUACAGGACACAACAGUCCUCUGCACUUAGGAUCCAAGGAUCAAGGCAACAUGCGUUUCUUCAACUGUGAAUAUGCCAUGAAGUACUGGAGAGACAAUGGGGUCCCUUCAGAGAAGCUCAUCAUGGGGUUCCCCACCUAUGGGAGGACCUUCCGGCUCAGCACUUCUGACACCUCAGUCUGUGCCCCAGUCUCUGGAGCAGGGUCAUCUGGUCCUUACAUACGUGAGGCUGGCUUCUGGGCUUACUAUGAGAUCUGCACAUUCCUAAGUGAAGCCACAGUUGCCUGGAUUGAAGACCAAAAAGUUCCAUACGCUUAUAAAGACACUGAGUGGGUUGGUUAUGACAAUAUUAAGAGCUACAAAUAUAAGGUUGACUUUCUUAAGGAGAACAAUUUUGGUGGGGCCAUGGUUUGGGCCAUUGACCUGGAUGACUUCUUAGGCUCCUUCUGCAAUGAGGGCAAAUAUCCACUCAUACGCGAGCUGCAGUCACUCUUGGGCCUGUCCUCAGGUGGGUCACUACUGAGUUCACCACAUUGUUCCAAAGAUGAUGCAGGUCAAGCUGCAAGAAUGACAACUGCAGAGGGAGAAGAGUGCAUGAGGCAGCCACAGAGCAUCUAGACUCUCACAUGUGAAAAAGGGACAGGUUUACAGGAAGAAGCUUUUUAGAAAUGCAUUCUUCCAUCAAAGAGGCCAGUCUAAGUUCAGUAGCUAUGUGGGUAAGGAUUUGAAUAUACCUUAUACCUCAGAGAUGGG